AUGAGCGAAGCGGCUCGGGUGCCGUCGCCCGCCGCGCCGCCCGCAGGAGCGGCGGCCGCGCCAGAAGAGAGAAAAGGAAAAGAGCCCGAUCGCGAGAAGCUGCCGCCCAUCGGGUCCCCCGCCAGAGCCGGCGCGACUGCGGGUUUGGACAGAGGAGCCAAGGGCCAAAUUUCCACGUUCAGCAGUUUCGUUUCAACUGUUAGUCAGAAGAGAGAAGCCACUGAGAGCAGAAGUUCACCUGCACAUCUUGUUUUCCCUAACAUCAAGAACGUAAGAGACCUACCACCAGUUUGCCUUGAUGUUAGACAAAAACAGCGGCUUUCUCUAGAUGCAUCAUCAUCUGAAACAAAGGCCCCAGCCCUUCCAGAACCUUCCCUUCCUAUCCAAUCCAAAACCAUGAAAGACUUUCAGGAAGAUGUAGAAAAAGUUAAGUCAUCAGGUGACUGGAAAGCAGUACAUGAUUUUUAUCUAACAACAUUUGAUUCUUUCCCAGAAUUAAAUGCUGCAUUUAAGAAAGAUGCCACUGCCUCAUUUAAUAGCAUUGAAGACUCUGGGAUUAAUGCUAAAUUUGUGAAUGUGGUAUAUGAUGCCUUACUUAACACUCCUCAAGACAUUCAGAAGACCGUGUUAAAGGGAAUCAUUAACAGCCUGCUACGUGAAUGGAAAGGUCCACGAACAAAAGAUGAUCUUAGAGCAUACUUUAUACUUUUACAGAAUCCUCAGUUUAAUAACACAUCUACGUAUGUCAUCUAUGCUCACUUGCUACGACAGACAGCUGCCUUAGUGGAAGCUGACCAUCAUUUCCUAGUUCACUGGUUCAAAAAAUUGUCCCAGAAGAGAUUUAAACAAUUGGUAGAGAGACUGCUGCAAUUUAUUUCUUUGCGUCUGUUUCCUGCCAAGCCAGAAGAAUUUCCACCUGUGACAAAGUGUUCCUGGUGGAUUCCAUCAGCAUCUAAAGUGUUGGCUUUGCUUAAUACGGCAAACAAUUUGGUUCACCCUCCCCUUAUCCCUUAUACUGAUUUCUAUAAUUCUACUUUGGAUCACAUUGAUCUCAUGGAAGAAUAUCAUACUUGGCAGAGCUUUGGAAACUCUCACAGGUUUUCCUUCUGUCAGUACCCAUUUGUUAUUUCUAUAGCUGCAAAAAAAAUCAUUAUUCAGAGAGACUCAGAACAACAGAUGAUAAGCAUCGCAAGGCAAAGUCUGGUGGAUAAAGUAUCUCGGAGACAGAGACCUGAUAUGAACAUGUUAUUUCUAAAUAUGAAAGUAAGACGGACACAUCUGGUUAGCGAUUCACUGGAUGAGUUAACGCGGAAAAGAGCAGACUUGAAAAAGAAGUUGAAGGUUACCUUUGUGGGGGAAGCUGGAUUGGAUAUGGGCGGCUUGACUAAAGAAUGGUUCCUGCUCCUCAUUCGCCAGAUUUUUCAUCCAGAUUAUGGCAUGUUUACGUAUCAUAAGGAUUCACACUGCCAUUGGUUCAGCAGCUUUAAGUGUGAUAACUAUUCUGAAUUCCGAUUGGUUGGAAUUCUUAUGGGACUAGCUGUUUAUAACAGCAUCACCUUGGAUAUUCGUUUUCCUCCCUGCUGUUACAAGAAAUUACUGAGCCCUCCCAUCAUCCCCACUGAUCAAAAUACACCAGUCGGCAUCUGCAGUGUUACCAUUGAUGACUUAUAUCAAAUUAUGCCUGAACUGGCCCAUGGAUUAAAUGAACUCUUAUCAUAUGAAGGCAAUGUUGAAGAAGAUUUCUAUUCAACAUUCCAGGUUUUUCAAGAAGAGUUUGGAAUAAUUAAGUCCUAUAAUUUAAAGCCAAAUGGUGAUAAAAUUACAGUUACCAAUCAAAAUAGGAAAGAGUAUGUACAGCUUUAUACUGACUUCCUUCUCAACAAAUGCAUCUAUAAGCAGUUUGCUGCUUUUUAUUAUGGGUUUCAUAGUGUUUGUGCUUCAAAUGCUCUAAUGCUGCUUCGUCCAGAAGAAGUUGAAAUUCUCGUUUGUGGCAGUCCUGAACUGGAUAUGCACGCCCUGCAGAGAAGUACUCAGUAUGAUGGCUAUGCGAAAACAGACCUAACUAUCAGAUACUUUUGGGAUGUUGUGCUUGGAUUUCCUCUUGAUCUUCAGAAGAAAUUGCUUCAUUUUACUACAGGAAGUGACAGAGUACCUGUAGGAGGGAUGGCCGAUUUGAACUUUAAAAUUUCAAAGAAUGAAACUUCUACUAACUGGUUACCUGUGGCUCAUACCUGCUUCAAUCAACUUUGCCUACCGCCAUACAAAAGCAAAAAAGAUCUGAAACAGAAAUUAAUCAUUGGAAUUUCAAAUUCAGAAGGUUUUGGACUUGAGUAAUGUAGAAGACUUGAAAUCCAGUAUUUUAUAUGUAGCAUUCACUUCCCUCUUCUUGUGCCUUUAAUCUUUUCUUGUUUCUGUCUCAAAACACUUUAACAAAAGCUCACCAACUUUCAAAUACUGAGUUUUUAAAAUAAAAUAGGAAGUAUGUUCAGCAAAGGCAUGCUUUUCUAAAAAACUCAAAAGUUUCUUGAGUGAUGACCACAUGGCAGAGGCAACUGUGGGUCAAGUCCCUCUUUUUUUUUUUCUUACUAGCACUUUAUCAUUUUCCAUGAGUAGUUGGUCACAGUGAAGUCUGGUGAGGGGUGCAUCUAUGACAUAGUUGAACCCAAUGGCAGAUUGCGUGCUACUGAGCACUGUGUAGCAAAGCAAACAGCUCCACUAUCUUCAACAUAAGGCAUGUAGCCAUAUUUUCAUAUAGAGGUGAACAACAGUAUAAUUACAAAUGCCUUUUACAGGGUUUUUGAUAUACUGGCUUUAGUCCCAUAAGAUUCUUUUCAAUUGCUGCUGAAGAGUAUGUAAAUAACUACAUAAUAGCUUGAGAACAAUGGGAUUUUGAUAGUGCCAUUUAUUGCUAAAGAUAUAUUUUUACAAAGGAAAUUCAGGGUUUUAGAUGUGUAUACAGCUUUUACAAAUUAAUAAAGAUGACUGUACAAGAAUAUUUUCAGACUAAUUGGAUUCAAGGUUAUAUUCGUUUAAGUAUUACUGUUAGUCUGCAUGCAUACUGGUAGUCAAUUAUUUGUGUGGUACUCCGUGGUAUUUAUAUAAAAAUUUCUCCUUAAAAAUCAAAAUAUUAGGAAAGAAAUCAGGUCUAACUAGUUACUGAUGAAUUAAGUCAACUACAAGCACAAAAGAACUGCUUUUAUAUAUAUAUAUUUUGAUUGAUGUAUAGGUAUAUACACAUUUUUGAUCACCAAUUAUACUAAAAUACCAGUUUUUAAAAAGAUAAGGCAUUUGACAAAAGUGAAUACAAUAAUAACAUUUGUGUCAAAACGAUCCAGCUUGUUGUAAAAAUAGAAUUCAGCAUUUUGGUCAAAAUGUUUGUCUUUCACUGGAUUCUUAAUAUAGUAAAUUCCAAAAUACCCUUUUAAAAUGUUUUCUAAUACAGUAGCAUGUAAAAAGAAACUGCAUUUAAGUCAGACAGUAAAUGGAGUACUUUUUAAUUUACAGCAUAUGAAGCAGUUUUAUUAGCAUAUUAUAAAUAUUUCCAAACCAAUAUUUCUCUGUAUAGCUUUCCUUCAGAAAACUCUGAAGUUCUCUCUGCAAUAAUAAUGAAACCAGCAUUUAGUACCAGCAUAUGGCUCAUAUGCAAAUAAUACUUUCCCAGAACUUUUUCCAAAUUAGGCUUUUUUUCUUGUUGUUUUGCUUCUUACACCCAACCAGCAGAAUUCUUUCAGGGUGUAGGAAGUAACCAGUUUCUUCUCCUGGGAUUUGAAACCCAACCCACUCACCCAUCUCUGAGGAAAAGGAGCUACUUCAUUGAUAGUCUCUGAAAUGCAAGUGACUGCUUUUCCAUUUUAAUAGGCUGCUUUUUAAAAAUCUUGAAAACCUAAGAGAUUUACUGCAUACUGCUUUUGUUUUAUUUUGCUCUGUUUUUAAUCCAUAUGCAAAUAAAACUGCUUCUCACACUGCUUGGACUAGAAAGUUCAGAUGUUUAAUGUAGGCUACUACUAAGCACAAAGAAUCAUGUAUAAGAAAUCAGAUUUAACUGUUUUAAGUAAAAUGUAAACAAAGUUUUUAUUUGGUA